AUGUCCGAUCAGACCUACCACACCACUCGCCAGGACUUGCGCAAGGAAGAGUCUCGUGUCUCCCAACAGCAUGGUGGAAAGAUUCCCGCCGACUCUGAUGUUUCCAAUAUGAAGUCUAUCAUCGACCAGAACACCAACAAAUCGAAGCAGAUCGACGAGACCAAGGCCAACUUGCCCCUGCCAGAGGACCCUCCAGUUGCUAGUGACUGGAACUCCUCCGACGAGCGAACCGUCAACGUCGGCUCCGGUCGCCUUGAAGGUCCUAUCUCCACCGGUGCCGAUGACGCUCUACGCGGGCCAUCUACCGCCGCCAGCAGCGUUCGUGUCUCUGGUGACGAGCUGCAUAAGAACACCGCACCUCAAUAA